UUCUCCUCUAUCAGAGCGCGAGCUGCAUCUAUAGUCCUGUCUCUCUGAGAUCAUUAUCAGUCACGGCAACGGGUCGCAACACACACCGAUCUAGAGCGAGCGAAUAGAACACCCCCUAAUUUCGACCCACCGCCAACCGGGGAGGGGAAACGAUCGAAAACACCAGUCUUCCGCUCAACAACACGUCUACCAUUUUUACGCAUGUAACCACGAUCUCUCCAGUGACGUUACCGUUGGAUGUGGGUUUGGAGGCUACUCGGAUACAAUCUGCUAGUUUAUUUUCACUGCAGUAAAACGUUUUGCUCCGAUCCUCCCCCCGAGUCACGGAUUUGAGAGGGAAGCAGCACUAUGCUGCUGGCCGACUGACCAGCCACUGAUACGGCGAGGGGAUCUCUGCAGUGGACCUGUGAAUGUGCGUAGUUUACCCGCAUGCAAUGUUUAGCCUAUUAGCAUCACGCGCUAUAUUUCACAGAAAACGGAAAUCUUCUAUUUUUGUGAACAUGUUCAUUUGAUUAUUAGAUCGGCUAUAAUUUUUUUUUUUUGGGGGGGGGGCUGUUUUCAGCGCACUGUUGUGUUGACGCCAUUUUCCUCGGGUUUUUCUAUAAAAAUAUUAUUGCACCAUUUGACAGCUAUCCAGGACGCUGUCAGUGCAUACGGCAGGUUCUGUACAUGUGACUAUGGAUUUUAAAUGAUCUUGAUAACAUAUUUACACGACAGACUCGUGUGUUCGAAAACAUUGGACAUGGUUUGGCCUUGUUGGAUUACAUGUGUUCCUGUGGGAGAACCAAUCCAGAAGCAGUAGCUAACGUUCCUAAGGCAACCCACUCUGACGGAGAGCCACUCUCUGCAAACCUAUUGGCUAGCUGCCGCCGCUCUCAGACUGGUUCUGGCGGGAGUGUGGAUGGAGUCGAGGGAUCUGGUUAGCUCAGCCCGACCUAAGGAGGCGGAAUUAGGAGGUGGAAGGGCUGAGCCUGAAGAGAAAGAACCGGAAAGGGCGGGUCUGGGGCCUGCGUCGCGGUGUGAUGAGGUCAUUGGUGAUGUGAUGGGUGAGCGCUGGGGGUCCCAUGGAGAAGGGGAGGGGCUAGAGGAGCAGGAGUUCUCCAUUAAAGAAGCCAGCUUCCAGGAGGGGAGUCUGAAGCUGAAGAUCCAAACCACCAAACGCACCAAGAAGCCCCCCAAGAGUCUGGAGAACUACAUCUGUCCCCCGGAGAUACGGAUGACCAUCAGGCCCCCCUCAGGGGAGGGCCGAGGGGGCCGGCUAGGGGGCCGUGCAGCGCAGGACAAGGGACCCCCUAGGAAGAGGACCUAUGAGAGACCCUUCAGAGCAGCAGAACCUAAAGAGGGGGGGCUACUGCAACUACUUGGGGAUGUCACCCCCCCGAAACACCAGUCCAAGCCCUCUAUCCUACACACCACACCACUGCCCCCACACACACUCACACACCAACCCCAACAGCAACACACACAGCCACCACAACUCACUCACCAACAUACACACAGUCCAGCCUGGGCCACGCCUCCCUCUGCAUCCCCAGCCAAUCCAGUGCAUACUGAGCCCAGCAGAGAACCAGCGGGAGCCAAUAGGAGCCCUCUCUCUGAUCUGGCCCCUUCCUUCCUCAAACCUCCAAUGAAGAGAGUCCCAGAAAGCCACUCCUCUCGCUCUUUCAGCCCCUCUCCCCAGCGACCCCUGAGCCCUGAUCCCGUGUUGCCCGUAGUAACGGACGCCAGCAUUCUGAACCUGACCUCUCUCUCCAGAGGACGGGGCUUACAGGAGGUCAGUGAGCAGCUGUUUGGAAACAUCAAGAGGAAGUACGGCAGGAAGGACCCCCAGAGGACUCUGGGUAAUACCCACAAUGCUGAGUUGCCAUGGGGGAGGAUGGCAGAGAAAGAUGCAGAGAGUCUGAUAGUUCUGGAUGAAAGACAGAAGUACAGGAGGGAGGAGACCCCUGAGCUGGAGAGAGAAGAGAGGGAGAGCAUCGGGAGGACAAGAAAGGAGGAGGAGAGGGAGAGCAUCGGGAGGACAAGAAAGGAGGAGGAGAGGGAG